AUGGAUAAAUUGUGCAUAUUCGAUGGAAUGGAGGAACUUACAGUUAAUCUGGAAGACGAGGGACGAGCGACGAGCGAUGCCACCUCUGAGCGGGCGAGCUGGAUUAGAUUUUCCUUCUCCCCAGCUGCCCUCUCUCGACCUUUCUCUUCUCCCUCAGGAUUGCGAUCUCGGUACAAGGAGGAUACUGAAUUAGGGGAGUCCCAUCGAAUUGCUCUGCUGCUGGGGACGAAGAAGAAGAGGAAUCGAUGGGGGUUAUGUCCAGACGGGUUUUGCCCGCCUGUGGUAACCUCUGUUUCUUCUGCCCUUCCUUGA